AUGAACGUCGCCAGCCUGAUGACCACCGACUGGUCCUACGGCACCACCCGCAAAUACGACGACUUCCAAGAGAAGCCAUCACCCUACUACUUUACUUCCUCGCGUGUGUCGCCGCAGCUGCCACUUUCCCCCCCGGCCGACGAACAGCGCAAAUGUUCUCUCCCAUCCAUCUCGAGCCUGCUCGAGGGCGCCGACAGCAUGCCCGCAGCCAAACGAGCCCGGCACAACUCGGCCGAGUAUAACCGCGUGUUUCUGCCGCCAACGCCCCCCAUGCGGCCCUGCUCAGGGCUUGCUGAUGGAACCUCGCCCUCAUCGCUGUCGAGACGCUCGCACUCGGCCUCGAUUGCUUCGAUUACUUCCAUUGCCUCGAUCAACAGCGCUCCGGCCAUGCAGCACUCGCAGUCGCAGGCUUCUCUCCCCUCCAUCUGCGCCUCGCUGCCCACACCGCCUGCGGACCGGGGCUCGCUCUCAUCUCAAGACUCACGCAUGUCGCCGCCUGCUUCAACAUACCGUGCUUCUCCAGCUCCAGCUCCAGCCCAAAAAUCAGCAGCAGGAAACAACUUCACACCGGCCAAUGAGUCUCCUUACACACGCCCCCAAAGCGUGUCACCACCUGGUCCGCGCAUCAUCUCGCCCGUCAACCCGGCCUGGCAGCAUCACCACUACUUCCCACCUUCUGGCGCAGCACCAUACCCGCAGAACCAUGACCGAUACGUCUGCCGCACAUGCCACAAGGCCUUUUCUCGCCCGUCGAGUCUGCGCAUUCACUCGCACAGCCACACGGGCGAGAAGCCAUUUCGAUGCGCACAUGUCGGCUGCGGCAAAGCGUUUAGCGUGCGCAGCAACAUGAAGCGCCAUGAACGCGGCUGCCACAGUGGGCGGCCGUUGGCUGCUGUUGUUUAA